GUGGCAGUUGCAAUAUUGCCUCCUCUUUGUCAUACACUAAAUUGAGACUUCUGAAAUGCUUUGUUUCGGACUUGGUUCCAGAAUGCGUUCCUGCAGCUUCACGACCGUCCCACACCUACUCCUUACGACUGGGCACUUUCUGAUAAUUGCAGCAAUCUCCACUGGAAACAACAGCAACGCAUCAAAGUGUUUCCGCCCAGUUUCGAACUGGGGACCUUUCGCGUGUGAGGCGAACGUGAUAACCACUACACUACGGAAACCGGUGCUUUCGUCACAGUUGGUCGAUGAUUCAUGUCAUGCGCUCGAUCCCCGGUGAGUCUUGAUGCUGCGCAGCGGUGUAGUCCAGUUUCCUGUUGUGGCUAUUUUCAGAUUUUUCCCCCACCCAGCUUUGUGCACAGCCAUCCUGAAGGAAGCCCCCGUAAGCGCCACCGCCCUCAUCAACACAUACAGUCUGCUCACACAGAUAUUUGAGAGCAUCGUGAAAGACUGCUCAUGUGUUUCAUACACAACGAAGGCACGAAAAGCCAUCAAGAGGAGACGAAUGCACCAGCCCUCAGUUGCUCUUAUUAUGUGACAACGAUCAAUAUCUAACACAAGAAAGAGUUCAACCCAACUGCUUGGCACCGGCUGCGACCCUGCCUCCCACAAUGCGCUUUUGUGGGCUCUUCAGUAAAGGGGGAACUAAGGCUCCGGACCUGCUGUGUGUCGUAUAUUGGACCCCAUAGUUGGCCAUGCCUCCCUCGGAAUGUCUGCACUGUCCUGGUAAAGACAGGAAGACCGCGGCCGUGUGCCAGGGACCACAAGGGCACACGUCCUCGUUAGUAUAGUGGACAGUAUCUCCGCCUGUCACGCGGAAGACCGGGGUUCGAUUCCCCGACGGGGAGACUUAUGCUUCCUACCAGCAGCUAAUUGUUUUACCCACAAGGACAGGGGCUUCAAGCUCGUGCUGCUCUCCAGCCGAGGUGAGCUGAGGAAGGGUUAACCUUCCCUACUACAAUGGAGGCAAUCUAAAUCAAAUUGCCAACCAAGCAGUCAUCAAUGUACCGAGGAUCGGCUGACCCGAUAACCCUUGGAUUGUUCAAGGGCUCACUGGUGCUGGGCACCUGUGUUGCUUGCCGUCCGACCAGUCGCAAGGCACCUGCGACACCUCAAAAGCAGGUCCCACCGAGAUUUGAACUCGGAUCGCUGGAUUCAGAGUCCAGAGUGCUAACCAUUACACCAUGGCACCGUCGCAUGGCUUCCAGAGACAGCUGUCGAACACGGUCUUACAUGCCAUCAACAUGUAUGGUUGUUACUGUGCACACAACAAGAGACGGUAGGCACUAAGAAAUACCAGUGAAACAGACGACCGCAUGAAAAAGCAACUUUAACUGGCUGUCUAAAGUAACGUGGUCAGCUACGAGGGCUGAGGCUGAGAGCAGCAUGUUCAUUCUUUGCUGAGAGCAACACGUGCAAAAAGCAGGAGUCAGAGGCCACACAAACGGCACCGUCUCAGUUUAGCGUGUCAGGCACGCCCGCCGUACUACGAGCACAGUGUUUUAUUGUCUUCAUGCCGCCUGCCGUGUAAAGACUUGAUGAGUAAUCUCUGUCAGCAUCAUGUGGCAGACAACAGUGGCAGGGAAAAGCACGUCAUGUCAGAAGUGGGAUUCGAACCCACGCCUCCAGGGGAGACUGCGACCUGAACGCAGCGCCUUAGACCGCUCGGCCAUCCUGACUAGAUGGGCAGCACGGUCACAGGGCGCGGCACGCCGACACGGUCACGUAACAAACCUUUUGGCUCCAUUCAGGGUGCAGACUGCUACUGUUUUCACCUGGCAACAACAAGAACAACCUUUUGGGCUGGAGGACGAAGACAUCGCUCCUUGCAGUGGGGAGGAAGACUAAUGGAAGGCCAAAGCAGUUUCUACAAAAAUCCAGUUGCAGCAGGAUUGGUUUACUGGGCAAACCAGACAGAAGCAAUCGAUUCAACUCAACUGCCUUCAGACUUUCACAUUAGCAAUGGCGAGUGACAGGACGCUUCCAGAGGUGCUGCGGGAGCUAGCCAACCAGCUUGAAAACACACCAGGAGCCACAAACGUUGAAAGUACCCGUCAGCCCUCCCCUUCACCCUCACAUAGACACCCUGUGGACGCUGAAGUUUUGAGAUUGUUUGGUCCAUAUACCCAAGGAGGGAGAAGGUUGUCAACAACAAGGCGCUCCAUUGCUGUUGCUUCACAAACUCAUUCCUACACGCACAACUUCUGCUGUCUGAGCGACAAAAAUGCAAUGCUUGUCCCAACCAAAUUUGCCAAACAGAGGCUUGCAGCUGCAGGUUUAGGAGACAAGCGUCUGACAUUUCAAGGUAGUCAGGAGAAUCCAGACAAAUUCAGAGACUUUCUAUUUGAAGCAUUCCCUCCACUUAGACAGGGAGGGGGAUUUGAACUUCUCAAAAUUUCGGGAACAAUCAGAAGUCGUCAACUGGUCCUCAUCCCCUGUCCCAAUGAAGGCUACCAUGUUCGCCAUCUAAAAGAUCCACAAACUCAGAUUGGACAUGCUACCAUUUUCAUUCGCCCACUUCAAAGGACCCUGAACCUGGAGCCUAUAGGUCAACCAGGAAGCAGUAAUGAGCUGGCUGGACCACCCCAGAAAUGUGUCCGAUGUGAAGAAGAGUUUCCUUUUUCGAGCAUAAAGGCCCACAGUGAUGAAUGCAUGAGGCAAUCACAGAGCAGUGUUGAGGAGCAAAUGGAGGUAGCCAAUGAAAAUCUAUGCACUCCCCAAAGAGAGAGUAGAUUUGUGAGCAUGUUAACAAGGUCACAGGAGAGUCUGACUGCCAGGGCCAGCAACACAGAAAUCUCAAAGCCACAUCAGGGAGAAAUGCAUACUCAUGAGAUCACUGAUCUAGAGCCGGCUGAGGACAGAGGAUUUCCUGAUUGGAAAAUCAAAGAAGAUCCUGCAGAGGCAGCAAUGAAGUUCAAAGAAGAUAUUUUAAACCAGCAUGCAACUGGGAAACCACUGAGUCUUGUCAUGGAUCUUGGAGACAGUGCAGAGGACAGGGAGAGGACAAUCCUUUCUUUUUACAAAUUGGCUCAUGUUGAGUGGGCUUCCCCUUUGACAUGCACACUAAAAGCCCCUGCAGGAACUCUCCUGUUUGAGGGUGAAAAAGAUCAUUUGAUUCCCUCUACGUCUACCUUCCUUCUGGAGAGUGACUUCUUCAUUGUUGCUGGACGAAUGAUUGGUCAUUCAUUUCUACAUGAUGGGCCAUGCCUUGGUGGACUGAGCCCAGCAAUUCUACAUGUGCUCUUUGGUGGAUCCCCAGAAGAAGCCACCAUAGAUAUCAAAGACUGUGCUGACUUUGAUAUCCGUGAAACAUUCAAGACACUGGAUGGUACAGAAGAAUUAACACCUGAUGAAAAGGACAGCAUCAAUGAGCUGGCAUUGUCCUGGGAUCUGCCUACGGUCACCUCUGAGAACAGGAGAUGGCUGCUUGAUAAACUGUUGCUCCAUGCUGUUCUUCAAAGGACUUCCAGACAAGUCAAACAGUUACGGCGAGGUUUGAAGGAGACGCUGAUUUGGCCCUUGCUAACAGAGAGGAAAGAUACAAUCCCCCUUCUUUUUCCAAGGACAUCAGAUACGCAGUACACACCACAGGUGGUUUUGGACAAGAUACAGUGGCCCACACAGGACCAAGAGGACAGUGACGUGUCUUUGGAGGAUGCAUGCAGGAUCACAGGAUUCCUUCGCACAUUUGUUGAGAAUUCUUCUCCAAACCUUCUUGGAAAACUUGUGCAGUUUUGGGUUGGCUGGAAUGUGCUUCCCAGACACUUGGAUGUUGAAGUUGUGGAGAGCACCUACCCAGGGUCUUCAACCUGCUUCCACCUGUUAAAACUUCCAGGACAUUACAAAGACUACACAGUCUUUGAAAGAGACAUCCUUGCUGCCAUUUGGAGUGUUGAUACUGGUUUUGGGUUGGUCUAGUAAGGACAGUAUGCACUUCUUGUGGUUUUGAUAUGUUAAAACACAGCGUAAAGUUCUUUGUGAAGGUUAAAUCUCACAUCACCUGCUGUAAUACUAGUUUUGUAGACCAUGUUUAUGAGUCAGUUUGACCUGUUCAAGAAGGGAAAAACUUGUCUUCAAAACAC